CAGUUCUCGAGUUUGAGGAAGGGAGUCGAGACGCCGGAUCGUUGGUUUAGUUAGUAGUCGUUGGUUAUUAUGGCCCCAGCCACCGUUUUCCCGGAGGAAUUCUGACGUUGGCAGCCAUAAUGCAAGCCAGAUGUAUCUACUGCGUACAUGGCUUGAGAGAUGGAAGAUCUGUAGCUAUCAUUUGUCAUUUUUUAUUGACGAGGGUCAUUCCUGCAUUGGGCGGGCACGUAAUCAUUAAACCAGGGGGUUGCGGGCUGGGCUGGGCUGCCUUCACAGUGGGUGUGUGUGUGUGGAGGGAGGAAGUGAGUGUGCUUCAUCUGUCCAUCCCUACUUUUCAAUCGAAGGCAAUUAUAAUCGACGGGGGCGUGGAAAGGCCAGGUGUUGUUGGAUAUCAAAAGUGUCCCACCAAUCUACUCCAUACACUAGAGAUCAUUGCGACAGCUCUUGCCCCCCAAGAUUCAAUCAGGGGCUGACUAGUCACUGCUCUGAAAGUAGUAGUAGUAGUAGCUCGAACACGAUUUUCCAAUCUAACAUGUCAUGGACGGGUGGAGACACGACCCGACAGAUGUUCCUUAUGCAUCCUGGCUGUACGUGCUCGAUUAAUCUCUCCGGUGGUCGUUGUGUUGGAUGGUUAUCUCUUGUCUUGCAUGCAGCCAGCGUGUGUGUGAGUGGUAAGGAGGUUUCGGUUGUACCUUACUGUG